GUGAUUGGAAUACCUGAAUUAAAUGUUUUGGAUGAGUGAGUGAAUACUUUUGGCAAUAUAAUGUAAUUCAAUAGUAGAUAAAUGCUCCAAAAAUUCGGAGCUGCUUGCCGGCUCAGGAAGGUGCGAGUGUGUCAGAUUGCAUGGUUGACAGUGGCAUCUCCUGGCAAUGGAAACAAUGGUAACAGCAAUGUUGAGAUAAGAACAAGAACCUCUCCCCCAGGAAAAAAGACCACUUCUCUCUGUUCAGCUGGUCUGUGAAUUGCCAGUAAAAUGUGCAAAACGGAGAACAAGUUGUCUGAUGGUCAAUUUAGAGCUCUAAUUAUACUGAGCAGCUAAUGUAAUAGAACUCAUCUAAUGACAUAUAUAAGGCAGACAUAUUGUAUCCAAUAUUUUAACGUCCACGACUAGUAUUACUAUGCACUUUUUAGCAUUUUUCCUGCUCCCAACUCUCCUUAUCCAACUAAUCAGCUUGUUCACAUCUCAGUAUUGAGUUAAAGUGGGUGUGUUAAAGCAGGGAAACUAAACUGUGCAUGGAAGUGGGCUUCCAGGACCAGGGCAGAGAAACACUGAUAUAGACCAUAGAUCUGUGUAAACGCUCUACAAGUUUUACAUUGAUUAAAAAAAAAAAAAAAAUAUUUAAUUGUUUUUGAAUAUAUCACCAGUACCUGAGACAUGUAUCCUGUCUCUAGAGACCUAAAAUGUAUUGAAGAUUUUAUUAAAUGUGUGGUGUUUCAUUUUGAAGAAGAAGUCAGAGGAUUGGAACUGACCUGGACUGACUUCACCCACCACCCAUGCCCACGAAAGGACUGAAAUGAAGUUUAUCUCUAUUGAUGCUAUGAUUUUACUUGUACUUCAAGUCCUGUUCGUCCUUCCACACACCACAACAGGAUCCAUUAAAGUGGCUGAAAGUUACUGGACACUUCAACCAAAUGAGCUGGUUGUGGAUGAAGAUAUGGCUAAAUAUGGUAGCAAGGUACAGGUUCCAUUGAUGUGUGGGGAGGCCUUUGAGGGUCAAGACAUUGUAUGGAAGAGAGCGAGCGGAGAGAAGCUCCAGGAGCGAGGGAACAGAAUACUUGUGACUGUGGAGGAGAGGCGGGGGGGUAGAUACACCUGUUACAACACAGAAGAUUCCUACCUCAAUCACACUCUGGUACUGGUGCGGUGGCCCUACAAGAAGAUUAUUAAAGAGAUACCGGAGAAAGGUUAUGUCCACUGUUCAACAAACAACUACAGUGGCUCUUUUCAGUGCUCCUGGACCUGGGAUGAAAAAAGGGCUGGAGAAGUUAUACUUAUUAAAGCAGUACGAUCUUACAGUGGAGGAAAUGUCAGCUGCAGCCUGAACUCCAGUGGACAGACCAUCACAUGUCAGGACCAAGAAUACUGCCCCUAUGCUGAAGAGCUGGAGCAUAUCAAUUUGACCAUUUAUUUCCGAAGCAACUACGUUGUGGAGACUUAUUAUCUACAGUUUCAAAUUUCAGACAUAGUGAGGCCGGACAUGGUGCGUGUCAAGAAAAAGAAUAACACUCUGGAGCUGCACUACCCAGACACCUGGAACAUCCCCUUCUCCUACUUCCCUCUUACCUUCCAAGUGAAAGAGAUCCGCUGCGGGAGGAAAAGUGACUGUGAUUGCUCAAACCACAAAUCAUCAAAGGUGAACCUUAUCCAGGAUCAGCACUGGCCACUGAAAAAGGGGGUAACGGUGUGUGUGAGAGCACAGGAUGACCUGUGCAACUCCCCCUGGAGUGAAUGGACCCAGUAUAAAUGUAUUAAAGAGAAAAAGAAGAAAAGAUCAAGAAGGAACAAGAAAAAGAGGCCUCAAAAGGAAGAACCACAAAAGGCUACUCAAGACUCACAUGGCCUGGACUACUGCCACAUAUCUGAGUGUAGCACAGCAAAGUGCUACCCUUCAAGAAACAAAUGGUGUCACUCUACAGAACUCUGACAUCACAUUUUUGAUGCAACGUUAGCACUAAUACAGAUUUAGUCAGAUCAGUUAGUCAUAUGUGUUAAAAAUAAAUCAUUUGGAACGAUUGUAAUAUACUUGACUAUGAUAUAAUUGAGUAGGUAUUUAAUGUAUUUAAUGACAUGCAUGUUUUUUUAAAUGGCAGCCAAUCAGUAACUGAACUGUGACCCAGUUGGAUAUUCAAGACAGUCUAUGCACAGGAAAAUUAACUAAAACAAGUAUCUAGCAGAAAUAUUGCACAUGUUUAGACCAACGGCACACACAUUUAUACCAAGAUGGAAAUGUUUAAAUAAAGGGUCUCAA